UAAAGAAUUUCUAACGUGGUUAAUUUGCCCGAGUGACAUGUCAAAUAUGCCCACAGGGAAAAUAUCGCCAGUGUCUGUGGUAGUAUGGAGGACCCUACCGCUCUGAUGGUUGCUGGCGACUUCAACUUGAGCUCUAUUGUUGUGUUGAGCUCUAUGUUACCCAGCAAUGUUCACCAAUCGCAUGAAAUUGUUGUUUUGGAUGAUAUUUUUAGCAGGGGCCUCUCCCAAGUAAAUAAUAUUUAUAAUGAUUUACCGAAAAUUCUGGAUCUGAUAUUUUUAAAUAAUGUCGUUCAUAGAAAAGUGAUAUACACCAUAAGCCAUUGUUGAUACACAUUAAAUUUUAUAGUUUUCUACCUUCCCCCUCACCUAUUUCUUAUUAUCACUUUAAUGAGUCUAACCUUUCACUUAUUAAUAACGCUAUUGUAAGUUUUGAUUGGGUUUCCUUUUUUUCGGAUGGCACGAUUGAUGAUUGUUGUACUAAGUUUUGGAUUGCUCUUUUCAAUAUUAUCGACAAUAAUGCCUCCGUUAGGGUUCGAAGGUCGUACAAGCUGCCUUGGUAUACAGAGGGUCUAAAAAACUUAAAGAAUAGAAGGGACAAAUUUUAUAAGCGAUUUUUAAAGACUGGGGAACAAAUGGCUGAUGAGUUGUACCGGCAAUAUAAGCGGGAGUUUGAAUUCCUCAAUAAAUUUCUAUACAACCAAUAAAUUACUGGUGUUGAAGCGAGCCUCAUAUCCAACCCUAAAGCGUUUUGGCGGUUUGUGAACGGGAAAAAAUCAUCCUCUAAUAUACCUUCUUCCAUGUCUUAUGGAGGUUUGGCAGCUAACUCCGAUAAGGGCAUUUCUGAACUUUUUGCGAAAUAUUUUGCCUUAAACCUUGAGCCGAAGGUCUUUUGGGAUGAGCAGGAGGUACUUCAGAAAAUGUUGCCUCUUUUUGAGGUUGGAAGCUUGGGCACAUUAGAUUGUGACAUUGUUGAGGCCUUUAGUCAUUUUAAUGAGUCGCAUACACCUGACUUAGAUGGUAUCUCCCCAUUCUUAAUUAAAUUACUUCGAUCACGCCCAUUCAUAAAGGUGGCAGCAGGGCAGACGUCACUAACUAUCGGCCUAUCGCCAAGAUAUGCAAUAUUGCCAAGUUAUUUGAGCGUAUAGUCACCAAAAAGCUAACAUUUUUGAUUCGUAACUUUAUUUCUCACAAUCAACAUGGAUUCUUGCCUGGGCGAUCCACCACAACCAACUUAGUGGUUUUCUCUAAGCACUGCCUGGAAUCCUUUAAACGCCGAUGUCAGGUCGAUGUCAUUUAUACGGACUUCUCUAAAGCCUUUGAUAAAGUUUGCCAUGCAGCCCUACUUGCUAAAUUGUUCAGAUUAGGUGUUCAUUCCUCCAUGUUAAGUUGGUUGGAGUCUUAUUUGGCAGACCGACCAUGCCAUGUUCCCAUUGGUGAUGCCACCUCGAGUCCCUUUAUUGCCUCAUCUGGCCUCCCGCAAGGUAGUUCUUUGGGGCCGCUCCUAUUCAUCAUUUUCAUCAAUGACAUCUCCUCUUGCUUUCUUUAUUCGAACUUUUUGUUAUACGCGGAUGACCUUAAAGUGUAUUUGGCCAUUAGCUGCAUUAGGGAUAGCUAUCUACUGCAGGAUGAUUUGCGCCGAGUCUCUUCUUGUAAGAGGGCGCUAGACUUAUGUACUUCCUAUGCAAUUGGCAACCAUGACCUGCAGCUCAAGAAGGAGGUGGUUAAUCUUGUCGUCUUUUUUGACUCAAAUUUAAAAUUUUCCAGCCAUUUAGAUUUUAUAAUGCCUAAGGCGUAUGCCAUGUUGGGUUUUGUGAAGCGGCACACAGACCAAUUCAAGAGCCCGUACGCGAAGCUUAGUGUUUACGCCGCAUUCGUCCGGUUGAGGCUGGAAUAUGCCUCUAUUAUUUGGAGCCCCGAAAGAAAAAAAAAUUUCCAAUAGAGUUGAGCGGUUGCAGAAAAAAUUUUUUAAAUUUGCACUUCUUCCUUUAAGGUUUGUGGAUCCUCUACCCUCAUACCAUAGCCGGUGCCUUCUCCUCCACGUAUGUACACUUGAGGAUCAGCGCACUGUGGCAGCUUUAACUUUCAUCAAUAACAUAGUAAUUAGCAGCAUUGAUUGCCCCAUGUUAUUGGGGCUUAUAAACUUCAAUGUGCCCCAGAGGGAUCUUCGCUCGUUUGCUCCCUUUCGGAUUGCUUGUCGUAAAGCCAAUUACCUUUUGAACGAGCUUAUUGAUAGAGCAUUAUCAUUUUUUAAUACAUUACCGCCUAGCCUCCGAACUAAGUGGGGCUCAGAUAAACAAGCGUUUAGGGUCUUAUUGGUUAGGCAUUUCUAAAGUAGUAUGUAAGUUAGAUUGUAUAGUAGCCAUGUAAGAUUAAAAUAUUCAAUGGCGAAAGAGAAAUAAAUAAACACUCCUCCUCCCCUUCGCAGAGUUGUAUCA